UUUCAUUCCGUUUGAGACGCGGCCGGUGUCUGUGUGUCUGUUGCUGCGUCCGUGUUCGCGCCGGUUCUUUCGCUCGCCGGUACAAUCGUUCGGGUCGAGUGCUCGCUUGUAUCACUGGGACACAGUUCAGUUGUGAAAACUCUUUGAACAUUAUCACGUGACAGUUUAAAGCGACAAAGUUCCUGUACGACUCAGGAUUAGAUUCCUGAGUCCACGAAUUUAGAAUACAUUUAAAAAGAGGUUGGGGCAGCAGCGCGCGGCAUGAGGGGCGAAGCGCUGCGCCUGGCGCGGCUAGCGUUCUUCUUACUGCAGUGUACAUGUGUACUCAGUCGGAUUGCCUUCGAGAAGUUGACAGACGUUGAUUUCACUGGCACAGCGUACUAUACAGUGCGUAACCUGUCGCUGUAUGAGUGCCAAGGGUGGUGUCGCGAGGAACCCGACUGCCAAGCAGCGUCCUUCAGUUUCGUCCUAAAUCCGCUGACUCCGGUGCAAGAGACGCGAUGCCUGCUGCAGAAUGACACUCAAGCUAACAACCCCAUGGCCAUGCCGCAGCGGUCGGUGAACACGUAUUACAUGGUGAAGCUGCAAGUCCGCACGGAGAGCGUGUGCCUGCGGCCGUGGGCGUUCGAGAGAGUACCCGGCAAGUCGUUGCGCGGGCUGGAUAACACCAUUAUCUACACCUCCACCAAGGAGGCCUGUCUCGCUGCCUGCCUUAACGAGAAGCGGUUCUCAUGUCGUUCCGCGGAGUACGAGUAUGGUAGCAUGAGGUGCGCUCUCAGCGAUUCUGAUCGGCGCACCGCGCAGCAUUUUGUGCAGCUUGUUGACACGCCCGGAACCGACUAUUUUGAGAACCUGUGCCUGAAGGCGUCGCAGGCGUGCAAGGGGCAGCGAGUGUUCACGGCGCCCAGGGUCGGCGUGGCGGAGGAUAAAGUUGCGCAGUACGCGGGACUGCAUUAUUACACCGACAAAGAACUACAGGUGACGUCAGAAAGCGGUUGUCGUCUCGCCUGCGAGAUUGAAUCAGAAUUCUUGUGCCGAUCGUACUUGUACCUCGGUGCUCCUCACUCCACCACGUACAACUGCCGGCUAUACCACCUCGACCACCACACGCUACCGGACGGACCAUCAGCUUAUUUGAAUAUAGAACGACCUCUGAUCGAUGAUGGCGAACCCAUCGGAAAGUACUUCGAGAACUUCUGCGAAAAGCCUCCAAGUAACGCCAACCCGCCCGGCGAGCUGCCUGUCACAAUCGACCAUCAGCAGGAUACGAACGCAUCUAGCAAUCUCACUAGGAAUGAUGCGAACUGCGAUAAGACAGGAACUUGUUACGAUGUGUCCGUCCAUUGCAAGGAUACGAGGAUCGCCAUACAAGUCCGCACUAACAAGCCUUUCAACGGCCGCAUCUACGCAUUAGGCCGGUCGGAAACCUGUAACAUCGACGUCGUCAACAGCGACCUCUUCCGCCUUGACCUCACAAUGGCAGGCCAGGAUUGUAAUACUCAAAGUGUUACUGGUGUCUAUUCAAAUACUGUAGUUCUGCAACACCACAGCGUUGUAAUGACGAAGGCCGAUAAGAUCUACAAAGUCAAGUGCACAUACGAUAUGAGCUCGAAGAACAUCACCUUCGGAAUGGUGCCAAUCCGAGAUCCGGAGAUGAUUUCCAUCACCGCAUCCCCCGAGGCUCCCCCGCCGAGGAUUCGCAUCCUGGACGCUCGUCAACGCGAAGUGGAGACUGUGCGCAUUGGAGAUCGUCUUACCUUCCGAAUUGAAAUUCCAGAUGAUACUCCAUAUGGUAUAUUCGCGCGCAGCUGUGUCGCAAUGGCUAAGGACUCCAAGAGCACAUUCCAGAUCAUUGAUGAUGAAGGUUGUCCCGUGGACCCGUCUAUAUUCCCGGCUUUCUCUCCCGACGGCAACGCGUUGCAGUCUGUGUACGAAGCGUUCAGAUUCACAGAGUCCUAUGGUGUCAUCUUCCAGUGCAACGUUAAGUACUGUCUCGGACAUUGUGAACCGGCUGUAUGCGAUUGGGGCCGAGAAUCGCUUGAGUCCUGGGGCAGAAGGAAGCGUUCGCUGCCCCAGAACGAGACCGGAGAGGCUCACUCGCAGGAGGAGGACAUGAACAUCUCCCAGGAGAUCCUGGUGCUGGACUUCGGAGACGAGCGCCAGAGUACAGACUUCUUGCGGUCCGACAAACCUGGAGGCGUAGCUUCCGAAGCUAACUUCGGUGAAAAAACGGUGACCAUAGUGGAGCCUUGCCCAAGCAAGUCAUCAGUCCUGCUGUUGGGAGUGGCCUGUGCUCUGCUCGUUUUGCUGUACAUCGCAACCAUCUUCUGCUACUAUAUGCGCAAGUGGCUCACCCCGCCGAAACACAUGCCCUGAGCUCAGCCGGGCUAUACUCCAACGUUUGUCUAUGAGGAACUUGUGAUACAAAUGACUGAUAACAAAAACAUGCGCUGCCAAGCCGUCCAUUAAUUAUAAGUUUUGCGAAUCGUGACGACAUCUCGUGGUGUAACGAUUUGGUAAUCUGAUAGUAUUGUAACCACCGCGUGUUUUGCAUUUACUUAGUGGUAAUUUAUCGCAUUUAGAAGCAUUUAUUAAUAUUAAGUAAACUAUUAUUAGUCGAAUCAACGAAAUUCUUGAUGAGUUAGAUUUAAAAAAUUAUCAGGCUAGUUUUUCUAUUCCCCUUAAUGCUUCAGUUAAAGGGUACCUUCUUUGUUAAGUUAAUGCAUUUAUUAGAAUAAGACCAGUUUUGUACAAUUUUUGAGUAAUCAUAAUAGUACAUUACAAGUAACACAAAAAGUUAUUUGGAAUAGUCCCUAAAACUCUCGAAAUAUAAAACAGCUUAUUAUUGUUUUAGAUUACAUGUUUGAGGGGAUUAUUCUGAACGUAUUGAUUGAUAAGUACAUAUUAUUAUUAGGUUUAUAGGUCUUAAUUUUGAUAUCAUAACAUAACUUUGUUUGGCAUAGUUAGGUACAUACUCAAGAAUAUUUUCUGUAAAAGAAGAUAGCUAUCUUCUAUAUUUUUUCUUACAUAAUACAAGUAUGCAAGAAGCAAAUUGAUUUUUGUAAAUAUAUUCUAAUAUUAUUUUUUCAUUGAUGCUAUAUCUGUUUAGAAUUUCUUAUGAACUUUCAGUUGGGUUUUGCAGAAACUAAAACAAAACUUUGUUUUAAUUGUACCAAGUACAUGAUGACAAUCACAGUUUCUCUUAACCCAACUUGAGAUUUCGUUUUAAUUAUUUAUUUAGAUUAAUUAAUUUACCUAUUUAUUACUUUUUCAAAAUAAUUAACAAAUGAUAAUAAACUUGUACAAAUUUA